UUCCUCAAUAUCCAGACACCUCCGGAAUAUCAUCCAUAACGGAAUUACCUUAUUUUUCUCUAUAAAGCUUUUAAGGCUGAGGAAACAUCAUCCUACACAAUAUCUAUAUCUUCAUUAACCAUGUCGAUGUGGUUUGCUGUACUUCAUGUAUUAGGUAUUCUGUCUUUGACAUGUUGCACAUUUGGAUCUGAUUUAAAUGUUCCGACACCAAUUAGCUGUGGGACGCGUGCGGUGGAUCUACCAGACAUACGUCAGAUAGUGCUCUGCCCAGCAAACUGCACUCUCUGGAGUCUGUCAGUGUUUGGUUCAGGAGUAUAUGCCUCUAUUUCCAGCAUAUGUGGAGCAGCAAUACACAGAGGAAUCAUAGGUCUCUCUGGUGGACCUGUGGAGGUUCACGGGCUGCAAGGGAGGACAAACUACCUCAGCUCUUACGCUCAUGGCAUCCAGUCUCAGUCCCUGUCCCAAUGGAGCUCAUCUUUCACUGUGGCCAGAACAAUUAGCUUGCCUUUAGAAGUGUCCAGCCAAACCAGCAGUUCUGCCAAUGUUGCUUCUGGAGCAGCCAAGAAACCAGUAAAAAAAACAGUGAAGAAACCUCCUCCUCCAACAACAGCAAACAGGGAUUGCCCAGUCGAUAUGGCUUUGCUGCUGGACGGCAGCUACAACAUUGGACAGCGGCGGUAUAAUCUGCAGAAGAACUUUGUCAGUAAGCUUGUAGCCAUGCUGAAGGUUGGAACGCCGGGUCCUCAUGUAGGAGUGGUGCAAACCAGUGAGACACCUCGAACUGAAUUCUACUUGUCAAACUAUACAACAUCCAAAGAUCUGACUUUUGCCAUCAAAGAGAUGCCAUACAUUGGGGGCAAAACCAAUACAGGCAAGGCCAUACUACACACUGUGAGGAACUUCUUCAAUCCGGAUUUUGGUGUUCGGAGGGGUUACCCACGGGUCAUUGUGGUGUUUGUCGAUGGGUGGCCUUCUGAUAAUGUGGAGGAGGCAGCAAUUUUAGCCAGAGAGUCUGGUAUUAACAUCUUCUUUGUGUCUGUCGCCAAACCUGCUCCUGAGGAGAUGAGCCUGGUGAGCGAGCAAGAUUUCAUGAGAAAGGCGGUGUGCAAGGACAACGAGUUCUUCACCUUCACCAUGCCCAGCUGGUUCAGCACCAACAAGUUUGUGAAGCCACUAGCUCAUAAACUUUGCUCCAUCGAUCAGAUGCUCUGCAGCAAGACAUGCUAUAACUCAGUGAACCUGGGCUUCCUGAUUGACGGCUCCAGCAGCGUAGGUGAUGGGAACUUUCGGCUCGUUCUGGACCUUCUGCUCUCUAUCGCGCGCAACUUUGACAUCUCUGACAUCGGCUCUCGCAUCGGUGCCAUUCAGUUCACCUAUGACCAAAGGAUGGAGUUCAACUUCAAUGACCACACCACAAAAGAUAAUGCUCUGAGGGCCCUGGAGAACAUCCCGUACAUGAGCGGAGGAACGGCCACGGGAGACGCCAUCAACUUUGCAGUGCGGAGUCUCUUUAAACCGCGCACAGGCUCCAACAAGAAUUUCCUCAUCAUCAUCACUGAUGGACAGUCUUACGAUGAUGUGAGAGUGCCAGCUAUGGCUGCCCAGAGGGAGGGGAUCACUGUGUUUACAGUGGGCGUAGCUUGGGCUCCGAUGGAAGAUCUGAAGGCGAUGGCGUCCGAGCCCAAGGAAAGCCAUGUGUUUUUCACUCGCGAGUUCACCGGCCUGGCGCAGUUCCAGCAGCCCAUCGUACGGGGCAUCUGCAGGGACUUUACAGAGUUCAAUUAGACAGUGCAACUGCUUGAGAGCAAGAAUAGAAAGUAAGAAGUGCAGGAAAGGAAGGAGGAAAAAAAAG